CGCGGAAUCGCCGACGAAGGAACCCGGAAGCGAGCGGCGGCGGGGGGCGUCCAGGCUUGGCUAUGGGGUCAAAAGGCGGAGAGAGCUGGACUGCUACCGUUGAGGCUUUCCGGGUGUCCCCCACCGCUUUCCUCUUAUCCCACCCGGCCGGAGACACCUUGGCCGCUGACUUGUUAAAUGAAUUGCGGAGCGAAAAACUGGGGGAAGCCAUCAAGCUUUCGAUCCUGUCUUUAUUCUUGGAAUAUCCCACCCUGCUCUGUCCCGAUGCCAAGAAGGGUCGGGAAGCCGCGGCCUCCCUCCUUUCCCUCUUUGCCCAGCUGAGCCUCUCCCCCAAGCACGUCGGCCUCCGUUGCUCCCUGCUCUUCGCCGCAGAAACGGUGUUGGUGGCGACCGACAGCCUGGGCGAAGACUGCCCAACGUCACACGAACUGCUGUCCGUACUGCUCCACCUGGUGUCUGACCCGAACGACAGCCGGGGGGGAGUCGCCGAGCGGCCUAUCCGCGCGGCGGCUUGCGAGUGUCUUCGAGAACUCGAGAGCUGCUACUCGGGAUUCCUGUUACACCGACUGGAGAUCCUGCGGUCUCUGCAACAGCAGGAGGCCUCCAGCGUCCACCAGGGUUACACCUUGUUGUACAGCUUGGUGCUGCGGAACGCCAUCUUCCUCCUGGCCCGGAAUGGACAAGGGUGCCUGGGGGACCUUCUGGCAAGCAACGGGGAGCUGGUGUGGGAAGCUACGAAGGAAAUCGGCAAGCUCUCGCCGGCGGCCCUCGACCAGCUGGUGCUCUUACCAUCCGCGGCGGACCUCAAGGAGCUAAAAUUGGUGCUCUCGGCGCUUCUGGAGAGCAGCUAUCUCUUAACCUCCGCAGCACAGAGCCACCUCUUGUGCCACCUGGCUCAGGCGGUGAGCGUCGUGCGCACUCAGUCUCCGGCAAUUUUCAAAGCCCAGCUGGCGCGUCUCUUCGGCACGGCCAGCGUGACUCUGGAACACGCCAUCCUACAGCUGAAAUCGCUGUUCACCGAUAGUCUAUUCACCGCCGAGGACGAGUCUUUCCUCUUGCGGCAUCUGGUGGGACUGGCACAGCACCCGGCUCUCCCGGAGGCCGUGAAGCUUUUCCACUUGGAUUGUCUUUUGCACUUCCCCGAAAACCGGCCGCUGGUCUCGGGAACCGAUGAGCGGCUGCCGGUUCUGCUCACGCCGCGCACUACCUCGGGUCUUUUCCCCGGGUUCUUCCAAGAUCAGGGGACCGUCCUGGCCCGGAUGAAUUUGCUGUGCCUUGUGUGCGUGGAGAACGAGGGGCCCAGUGCUGAACGUGGGGGUGGUUAUCUCCUGGAGCACGUCCUGGCCCUUGGAAGCCUAGUGGCCCGAGGCGGAGGAUUGGACGCCACACGGCUUUUCUUCCAAGCCGCCUUCAUUUUUGCCCAAUAUUUUGGCUCGCAGGCCCAACCCAUGGCGGAACUAACGCGGUGCCUGCUGGAUCUCUACCGUCACAACUGCACCUUAGCCCCGAACAUUAUCAAUCUGUUGGACAAAACGUGGAAGACGCUGGACGAGUCCAGCUGGGCCAAGACGCUCGCCCGGGCCCUGCAAGAAUUUGUCGUGAGCAUCCCCUUGCAAGAGGAAGACCUAAGUUGGCAUCUCAAGAUUUUGGCCCGGCUGGCGAAGGAGAAAGAAGUGCCCCAAGGGAGCACCAUGCACUUCUUAGCUCGUCUGGUCGCCUCGGGGAAACUCGGGGAUUGGCGCUCGGGCCAGAUCCUUCUCAGCGUUUGCCGGAAUCUGAUGGUCCUUCACCCCUCACCUGCACUGUCCAAGCUGGCAGCCCUCCUGCAUGCCAUCUCCCAGAGCCACACAGAUGUGGAUGUCCAAGACCGGGCUGGCUUUUAUUACACCCUACUCACCAACCUGUCCAGUGAAAAAUUAAGAUCCGUGCUGGUCCACGAAGGUCCCGUCAAGACUCGGUCGCUAUCCUCGUCCAUCGUUGCCGACAGUGAGAGCUUUGUCGCCGCAUUGACGGUCCACUCGGUGGAUCCGGCUCCCUUGAAGCUCCAGCGUGUUGAGAUUACAGGGGAUACCCCGGCAGCUCCUCCGGCUGAGCAGGAGGUGGACAGCUACUGCCAGUGGUUGCUGGCUGACCGCUCUCCCUCACGGCUCAGUUUGACAUACCAGCUGGUCCAUGCGGGGCCUGGCACGCCACCCUACGACCUCCUCCUCUGCGUGGUGCUUCGCUUCACCUGCACCAGCCGGCAUUACGAUCCGGUGCCUGAGAUCUGCAUUCCGUGCCUUUCUGCACAUCGCCCGUCCCCGACGGUGAGGCUGACACUACGGCCGCAUUGCCCGUACCCGACACAACUGAACGUUUCUGCCCUUUAUACGACGCAAGACGGGUUGACGCGUUGGAGUCGGCUCGAAAACCUGGACGUAGCCUUUCCAGACCUUUUCCUACCCCUGCCGGUCCCCGCCUGGUCUCCGGAGAAACGUCGCCAACUUUUUGAUGUGCUCUGGCAGCGCCUGCGGCCCGACGCCAAAGACGCGCACGCCGAGAGCCUCACCGUUUGGCCCCUGCCGCCCCGAUGCUUAGAAAGCUUAGUGUGUGACCAAUUUGGCAGGUAUAUCCUAGCUGAGGAAGGAGACGAGUAUAGGAUCGCCCUGACUUUACCGCCUCGGGAUCACAUCCUGCUGAAAGUGCGGAGUGUAGACGAUGCGGCCCGGGAGAGGCCUCGGUGUCCUUCCGUGGCCGAAGCUUGAAGGGGAAGGAAAGCUGCCUUCCCAAAGGAUACGUCGGGUUAGUGCUGGAAGAGGCCAACUUAGGCCUAACAUCCAAGGAACGGGAAGUAGGUGUGAAGUCAGCUUUUGAUUCCCUGACGGUGUGGAACCUGGAACGGGCACCCAGUAACAGCGAUGAAAUCGUCAUGGCUCUCGCUUGGCCAGCCAUUGCUCAAGGGAUCCAUGCCCCCGUUACCGAUGAAGACUGAGCGAAGUGACCAAAGUGUUGCCUGAAGAUCGUGGAGGAAAAUAUGGGCUGUUCUGACUUAAAAUGCAGAUUUGGGUGAAAAAGGAAUUCAGCCUCUUUGCUGUGUUAAGAAAGCCCCUUCGCUUACACCUUUUCCUUCCAAACUGUAUUUGCAAUUUAUGCUUUAUUUUAACAGCCGCUUGGAAAAAUUGCAGCUUUCCCAUGGAUCUGUGGACUGAGUUUUAAUCGAUUUUAGGUCCAUAUUUUUGCUCCCGGGGGCUUAAUUAAUUCCUACAAUGAUUUGAGUGGAUCUUGUUUCCAAGUGAAGAUGAAGACGGUCCUAUUUAAAAUUUUGGUGUCCGCUGGGUGUUCCUAACUACUUCUGGCAUUUUUUUUAAAAUAAAUAAAAAACAUGAAUAAAACCUUGAAUUGUUUUGAAAAUA